CUGACUAGUGUCCACCAGAUUUUGCCGUUUUAGCUUCCUUUGCCCUUAUUUUUUUAGCCAUUCCAACCUACUACCACUAGACUCUAUUGUCUUUCUGUUUUAGUUCACUAAAUUCCACAUUAACGGUACAAAUCUUUCACCAUUUUUCUCCCGCCUUCAGUCUCUAAAGUUCUUUUAUUUAAAAUAUUUGCUUCUUUUCCCCCCCGGAUUGUCAUUUCCAUUACCAUUUGUUAGGACAUUUUUUUCAGAGUUGAGUUUCUAGUGAUGGAUCUGAAGGACGUAAAGAGAUCACAAGCAGAGGAAAUGAAUAGUACUAACAAGAUCAAAUCUUGCAGUGGUUGUCAUACCACAAGAACCCCUCUUUGGAGAAGUGGUCCAGCAGGCCCCAAGUCGAUGUGUAACGCAUGUGGGAUCAAAUACAACAAGAGGAGGAGGCAGCUUUUAGGUCUUGACAAGGGCAAGAAGAAGAAGAAGAAGAAAAUUAGUGAAGUGAAAAACAGUAAAGAAAUUGGACAGUCAUUGAAAAUGAAAUUGAUGGCAUUGGGUGGCAAAUUAAGAGAAGAAGAACAAGCGGCGAUACUUUUGAUGGCUCUUUCCUGUGGAUCUGUUAAGAAAUUACUAUUCUAACCCCAAGUCCUAGUAUUAGCAGUAACCCUUGUAUUCUUACUAAUUAAUUGACCCAUUUUGAUCAAAUGUUAUUUUUUUUUAUUAUUUAUUAUUUUGAGUUUCAGCUGUAAUGCCUCAUGAAGGAGCAGUAGAGGAGAACGUAGUAAUCUUGACUUCUUUUUUUU